UCUUCAAUAAGCGAGAGAUCGGUUGGAAGAGAUGACUUUAACACCAUCUCCAUUCAGGCAUCUGCUUUCAUCAUAAAUCCUCCUGAAAAUGUGACAAUUCAAUGGCACGAAAAUAACAUCACUAUUUAUUGUCAAAAUCCAGAUAUUGAUUACCAGAGUAUAUGCUAUGAAAUGAAAAUGAGGUUCAAAAGCAGCAAUACAAAUCAUUGGGAGAAACCUAUAGUUUCUAAAGAAUGCAUGGGAUUCAUACCUUUUUACUGUACAUUUGACGAUAUAAACCUGGAUCCAGAAAACUGCUAUCUAAUCGAAUUACAAUUCUUCGGAUUACGUCAUUGUUUUAUUGAAGACAUUGAAAGUGUAUGGGGUCCAAACAUCUCCUUAGUAAAAGGAAUGGACUCAGACACCUGUAUGAAGAAUGAAGAUAUUCGCAAAGAUUCUGUAUCUUACGGAUUUGCCAAUUUAUUGUAUAUUUCAUCUGCCCUUCUCUUAUUGGUAAUUUUCAUUACGUCACUUGCAUGUGCUACGAAAAGAUUAAAAAAACAUGUGUUUCCAGUUAUACCUGACCCGAAACAUACAUUUUCUAGUCUAUUUGAAGUCUAUAGAGGAAAUUUUCAGGAGUGGACAAAGAUUUCUGGAAAUGAAACAAAACAUGUACAAUUGGAAUUCCUUGAAAAUGAGGACAUUAUUGAAGAAAGGUGUGACAAGCAAAAGCAAAUGGAAAAAGAAGAGUAUUUUGUUGAAGAUGAGUGCAAAGAAGAAAAGCAUACUCCAGAGAAAGACUACACUGUUUUGCCAGAUAUUCACCAUAUAGCAAUAGAACAAAUGAAAAAUAUUAUGAUGACUUCUGCAGAACCUUUGGAGAAUGAUUCUGAUAUUUGCAUUGGAAAUGUGACAUACACAAUGAAUGACAGCAUGUAUAUAAUGCUUUAAUAAAUGGAAAAUACUGAAAAGGGUUGGGUGAACGGUAUCAAGAGCAGAUAAGCUAAAGUAAUCGUAAAUAUGUGUGUAAAUAGCAAGGUAAUGUAUGGAUAUAGCAGUAUUUAGUCAUACCUUCCAAAACUGUAAUUGGAAUGAUGGGGUGUGACAUUCCACAUGAAA